GGUAGUAAAUGAAGCAGUGCAGUGAUGUCUAAAAAGAUAGAGGACAGUGAGUUGCAAACCCUCACACUUUCGCCGACAAAUACAAAUGAUGAUGAAUCAUCGCUUUUCAUUAAUCCGGCAAGUGAUGAGACAACAUUUCCCAUCAGCCCUCCUCCAGCUUUUCCUCCAGCACCACCACCAGCUCCACCUGUAGGAGAAAAAAGGAAACUAGAACGAAUAUCAAGUGUGCCUGUAAGCGGUGUCAAGACCGUCCCAACACUGAGGGUAUCUACUCCCCCUGGGUCUGCAAGAAUUUCUUAUGCUAAUGAAAAAACAAGUGGCAAAAUGGACUUUAGCAAAAUUACUCGAGAUCGUCCUACACCAGGGAGCACGAUUAGUCAGAAGAAAGAUGCUCCCAGACAUUCAGAAAAAUCACGGCCAGGCAGCCUUGUCCUCAGCAUUGGCGGUAAAGGCCUCCCUUCAUCAAAAUCAAGCCUUAAAAAGACAGACUCUGGUGGAGGCUCAAAACCCUCAUCAGUGUCUCAUACAGCAAGGGGAAUGGCAAGAAAAUUGAGUGAGAGAGAUGCCAGUUUAAAACCAUUGGCCAGAGGGUCAUCAUCAAAUCCAGUAGGUAAAGGUGGCUUGUUAUCUGGCCAAGGGGUUGCGAUGUCUUCUUUUAGUAGUCGGUUGAGUACAGGUCCCAAAGGGUGGCUGGGUAGAGCAGGAAUACGGUCUGGGCCUAGAAUCAGGGAGGGCAUAGAUUCACGGCAAAUGGAUCGACCAACCCAGCAUCACACCUUCCUCACAGAUGUUGCGGAUGUUCGGCAAAUAGAGCAAGGUCUUCUUCAGCUGAUGGAAGAUUUUCAAGCAGGAAACCUACGUGCCUUUGGUAAGGAUUCAAGACUUCGACAGAUGGAAGCCAUAAGAGAGCAACAAGAAAGACUGGCACGACUUCAUUUUGAUGUAGGUGCUGAACAGGAUCUACAUCCACCUUUAUCUGAAGAAGGACUGAAAACAUCACAUGAAAACAUGAGAACACUCAUGGAGAAACUAGCUCAACUCUCAGAAAGCAUAGAGAGGCUGCACACUAACACAAGUAGUGACCGCAAGACAAGCAGCAACGAGCGGAAAUCAGCCAAUCAUCAAGUGUCAUCUAAUCAACCAUCUACUCAGAGAAUCAGUGACCAUGCCAAUCACUCAAACCUAAAUACAGGAGCAAGUGAAAAUAUCUCAAGUCGUUCAGGUGACCCAUUAAAUGUUACCAGUCCACUGGCAACUUCAAGUCCCCAGAAUGCAAAUAUUGGUAACUCCUUUUCUAAUAAUGCUAAUCAUCAUUCUAGUCCAGUAGGUUCAAACACUGCACAAGGACAACAAAAUGCAAAUAAUGCCAACCGUAAUAGAAAUUCUGGUGGAUACCAAUCGACAAUUAAAAAUGGGAAGAAUGCUGAAUCUUGAUGAAUAUUCAUCUAUUGGAUAUGUUAUACCAAAGUUUACAAACUUGUUUACUAAUGUGUUUUGUUUGAAUGCUGGAUGGUUUUAAUAACUUUGUUUUUGAUAUUUUUAAUGGUUUGAAUAUAUGAAAAUUUGUGUUUUUUCUAUUAAAUAAGAAAACUUAUGAAACAGCAAGCAUUUGAAAUUUUUGUAUGUUUUGGCUUCUGUCUUUAAGACUAUUAUGUUAGCAGUAUUGUACAAUAUUAAAUAUAUAUAUAAUUACAUAUUUAUGUUUUUGUGGAGGGCUAAGGUAUAUAAUAUUUGAAUGCUUGUAAUUUGUUGUACAUGGUUUUUCACUUAUAUAAUGCAGAUCACCAUGUGUGAUUAGCAGUAGAAUCAAAUUUUUACUGUGUAAAGUGCAAUAUUAUCUUAAGGGAAUAUGGUUUCCAUUAGAAAUCAUAUGCUUUUCAUAUUUUUUGAUGCAGAAAAGGACUAAAAUGUUUUUGUGGUACAGUAUCCACUGUGAAUCCUCCAAACAGUUACUCUAAUGAUCCCACUAAUAGACAAACCAGUAUCAGAAAAUUACCUCAUAAUUGGUCUUAGCCGGAAUGUUACAUGUUGACGCAGUGAUAGAAUAUUAAAGAACUCAUGGCAGGAGUGUUCUUUUCUCUGCUGACAGUGACAACAACCUUAGUCUUCCCAGUCACCCUUCUCACACAGAUGUGGCAACAGUGUGUGAGUUGGCCAUGUUUGCCAAUACUUUUAGGUCUGCCAUUGUUACACACCAAGUUAUGUUGUUAAUUUUUUUGACAGAUUUUUAGUGCCUUGUUGAUAAGAAUUUGCAGUUGGUCCUCUUUUCUUAAUUCUUAUCACAAACAAGUCACUCUCCCUACAUGGACUGAGAAUUAUAAUUGCACAAUUCCCAGAAGGUUAGCUCAUUGCUUGCUAUCUUUGGAAAUGUUUCUUUUGAAGAAGUCUAGUUUACAGCAUGGUUAUCAGAGAUUGUGUUCUUAAAAAAUUACUGUCAAGAGAUUGGACAGAUUUGACCAGUGUGUGUGUGUCAGUUUGCAGUGUAGGUGCCGUGGCAGAAAGUGAACAGCAUCCUUCUUGUCAUGGUAAUUCCGAGAUAUUGCUAGGGGUGAGCAACAAUCCUGCACCCUAACCUUACAGUUAGGUAGGUCACUAUAAAACAACUUGGGUAACACUUUUAAUAUAUUGGCUUUUUUCUUAUCCUUCUGUAAUGUUAAUCCAUAAUGGUUAUUGUGUAUAAAACUAGGUUGGUGUGACUUCUUUAACUGUACCAUGACAGUUUUUUCAUUGGUAUUUUUUUUUAUUAGGAGCAAGGCCAUUUUGUCACCUGUCACUUUUAUAGCUAUGCUAUCAAAAAAUAGGUUUUGAUAUAGGAAAAACCUAUUUUAGCUGUGUAAGGGGUGAAAAGGCAUGGGAGUCUGUGGUACUGGUGAACGUAUCUGACUAGUGCCCUCAUUUUUGUCUGUUUGAAAAUGUGCAGGAAAAAACUGAGGCAGUUGCAGCAGGCAGGGCAGAGAGCCCUCCUACCUUGAGUCCUUUUAUACUGUUAGUGUGUCACCAGGCACUAUCCUAGCUAAGACCGUCACUGUGUCAACAGGCACUAUACUGGCCAAGACCAACUAUGAGAGAAUUCUUUGGUAUUAGUUAAUCUGUCUUACAGAGCCCCUGGCAGGAAAAUAAGAGUAAAUUCUUUGAAAACACAGAGGCGAUCAAAAAUAGGUUUUUCCUAAGUCAAAACCUGUUUUAUUGAAAAAUAACUUGGGAGUAUGUAAUGCUCCAUGUACCAAGUGUAAGAUAAAAAAAAAAAUCUUCAAGAAAUAGGUGACUGAUAUUUGCAGUUAAUAUACCUCUGAAAAUGUUUUAUAGUUAAACAGUAUAAGUGCAGUUACUAUCUUUUCAUGGCAUGAACAGCUAAAUGUUACUUUUCCUUUGAAAGCUAUGUAACUUAAAACUUUUCAGUCCUGUUAAAGUACAGUGGUACCUCUGUUCACGAACUUAAUUCGUUCGAGGAUGCUGUUCGUGACUCAAAAAAAUUCAUAACCUGAAUCAACUAUCCCCAUUUAAAAUAAUGUAAAAACAAAGAAUUUGUUCAGACCUCGGAAACACUUUACGUAUUGUCUUCCCAUUUUUUUUAUGGUUUUCUGGCACAAAGUUAUGCUUUACUUCACUGCAUCCAAUAAUAUUGUACAUACAUAUUUUCCUAUUACUAUUGUAUAUUAAAAUAUAAACAGCAACCAGUGUUUUGGUUUGGAAAUCAGCUGAGGGUGAUUGCGAGUUAAUUUUAUUUUGCUGUAUUGAACUCAGGAAUCAGAGCAAUUUUCUUGCUUCUGAAAGUUUGCAUAAAUGAAUCUCUAGAUACUCUAUUGAUAUGGGACAAGGUUAUUUUACGUCAUACAGUGUUUUCAAGUCGAAAUAUCACUUGAAUCCGUAAUGUUGUGAACAAAAUUUAGUGAUUUGUUCGUUAGUAGAUGGCACUGAGAGCAUGUUUAUUGCGUGAAAAAAAAUCAACAGAUUGCAUUCAAUAUUUUCACUAUAAGCUUUACAGAUUUAUCUUUAAAUGGAGUGAAAACAAUAAAAUGUUUUAUUUCAUACCAAAUAGUUUUGGUUAAAACACGUUUUUCUCAAAGUUUGUUUACUAUUGAGUUUGAUGGUACUAUACCAAGGUUUAUAGGAGUCAUUCAUGUUGCCAAUGCACGAUAAUAGUCGUUAGCAGAUGAACAUUCUUUCCUCAGCUUCAGCAGCAACUUGCAGCUUAAAUUUAGCAGUGUAUGCCCUUGCCAAUCUUUUCUCCAUAUUGCAUAAGGAUAUAGUAAUGUAAAAAUAUGUCUUAUUCUACAGGCAGUCCCCAGGUUACGACGGGGGUUCCCUUCUUGAGGCGUGUUGUAAGCUGAAAAUUGUUGUAAGCCGGAACAUCGUCAAAAAUCCUAAGAAAACCUUACUUUUAAUGCUUUGGUUGCAUUCAAAACUAUGUUAACUGCAUUCUUAUUGCAUUUUUCAUCCAAAAAAAAAACUUCAAAUAUUGAUUAUUUUGCAUUUUUGGUGUCAUAUUUAUUUUGCCAGAUGAGCGUUGUAGGCGUCGUAACCCUGGAAUGUGUCGUAACCCUGGAACGUGUCGUAACCCUGGAAAUAGUUUCUGAUGAAUAUAAUUGAAAAGGGCCUUAGCCUCGUAACGUCGUAAGCUGAGCCCAUCGUAACCCGGGGACUGCCUGUACUUAAAGCCAUUUGUAACAUAACUAUGGUAAUUUUUUACUAUUGUACGAUGGUUGAAAUGCAAGCAAACCGCUGCUGUUAUCAGAUUCGGUUGUUCAUAGCAAAUUGGCUUUUUCUGGCUGUAUGCAUUUACACAACAAGUAAUACGAUAUUCCUUUUUCAGUACGUAUACUAUUUUUUCAGUAAAAGAGUAAAUAAUUAACAUUAAAAAGACUGAGUAACAGUCAAAAAACAUUUUAAAAAGCGUUAGGUGCAUCCAAUGAGCCCUUUCUGGGGAUGUUUGUGUGUUUGUGGCUUGAAGCAUGGUUCACGAACCUCAACAAAAAUUUUUUUAACAUGUUGUUAGUAAUCUGAUUUGUUUGUGAACAGAACUGCUCAUGAGCAGAGGUACCAUGUACAAUGUAUCAUCAGUACCUUUUAAAGAAUAGAUUCCCACUGAUAGUUAGGAUCUUAAUUUUUAUGCUAUAAAUACAGUGAAAUUUCAAAGAUAUGGACUACUUGGGCUUGCUAGUCUGUGAUAUACUCAUAGGACAUAAAUUUACCCUUCAGAUAAAAGAUAACAGGAGCUUUUUAUUCAAAAUUAUUACUAGAGAGAAGAGAUCAAAUGCCUGUGAUGAAAUUAUUUUAAAAGUGCUGUGGUAUAUUUUUAUUUAAAAGUAAUAUAGGUAGAACCAUUUAGUUUAUUAGAAAGAGUGAGGGUUACUAGGGAAAAAUUUUCUUCACAUUUCUUUGUUCCUCAUUCUCUCACAUUUUGUUAAAAUGAGAGUUACAUUAUUUUCCUAUUAAUUCACAGCUGAUUAUACUCUAUUAACUACUUCAUUUUACAUAUUAAAGUACCCAAGUUUUUACUUCAUACGUAUUUAUUAUGAUUAAUAUUACUUUAAAUUUUUAACAGAAAAUACAGUAAAAAGUUUUAUAAUUGUUUUUAGUUAAUGUUUGGCAUACGUAUAGUUCUUACCUCUUCUCAAACUCUUUACUUAAUUAUAUUUUGUUUUCAUGUAAGAAGCAUCAAAUUUUGUCUUAAUCAUUUUAGGAUCCAGAUCUUUGAAAUUUUACGUAAAAGAAAAUGAGCAUGGUGUAAUUUAAGUCUUGUGUAUCUACAGAGUGCCGGUAUUCUUCAGCUUGAGAUGGAGCUCUAUUCUUGGUUGAUUUAAUAUGUAAAAUGUAGCAACUCCAGUUCAUAUUACUGUGAGCUAUGUGUCAUAAAUCUGACCAGUGUUUUGCAUGCAGUGUAUAAGGUGAUGAUUCCAUUGGAAAGGUUGAUUAUGAUAUAAUGAAUUACCAGGAUCAUUCAAGCAAUGCCAUUGUUUUCAUUUCUAAAUACCGGUAUGUAUCCUCUUCUCUCUCUCUCUCUCUCUACAGCAAUGGAUUAUUAAUUUGGGAGUAUAUUAUAUAAGACAACAAGGCCGUUAUGAAGGAACGAAUAUUUAAAGGUGCCUUGUGUGUAUGUCACUUUAGUAACCCUCCCCCAAUAAGACGAGCAAGAUAAAAUAACUUGCUCUUCAGUUCAAAUAAAAACUGCAGAAUGGAUUUUUCUUUGUUUAUUAUUUCUAGAAGUACAUGUCCAAAAUUAUGAGUAAUAUUUUGGGAAUUAGUUCUUAAGUGAUACACAAUUUCACAGCAUUGUCCUCUUCCCUUUAAAAAAAAAUGUAGACAUUUUCACAACAGUUAAGUAAUACUACGUUAACCACUGAAUGAAUUACUUUCAACGUUUUGUUUCGGUAAGCCUCAAAAAGAUUUCCAUUUCCCCAAGUGCUGGCUAAUUUGGAUAUUUUAGGUGUGAAAAUAGCAAUCAACUAUCAACAUUAAAGUAAUGUUCAACACUAAAGUACAUUUACCAUAGUUGGAGAUUUUUAUUGUUGGUUUGUAUUACAUACUUUUUUUUUUUUUUUUUUCUCCUUCUACUCAUGUAUUGUUAUCCUUUGGCAUGCAUGAGUAGAAUAAAUUUAAUUAUGCAGAUUUGAUCUUUGGUAUCACGCUCUUCCCAUAUUCUGUUGAAUUGACAUGUCUGUAAUGGUAUUAAUAAUCAUGAACAAGUCUUCAGAAUUUUUUUCAUUUGACCUGUUUCAUAAUCAACGAGAACAUACAAGUUUGAGACUUUUCUUAAAUGUUAGUUUGCAAAUUGUCCUUGUACCUUUAUGGUUUAUGUUAUCUAGGUCUGAAGGAUAUUUUUGUUUAGUAGAUUUUUGUGUUCAUAGAAAGUACAAACCCCUACCUCACAGUACUACAGUAUUUUAUUUUCUGCCAGCCUUGGCUCGUAGAUCUUCACCAAAUUGAAGUAUUCUUUUUGUGUCAUGUAUUUGGUGAUGGAACUGGUAUGAAGAUUUUAUAAAUUGAAAAAUCCCCUCAGUUAUUUGCUGUACUCCUUUGCUAUCUCAUGAUAAUAGGGGCUAUGAUACAGAGGUUGCUGACAUAGUUGUUUUUUUUCAUGAAAUCUGAAGUAGAAAAAUAUGCUGUGUUUCAGGUGGUAAUGGCUUGAUUAGAAAAAAGAACUUAAUUCUCUUACUUCUACUUGCCCAUUAUCCCCUUUCCUCUCCCAGCUCAUUUUUUGAAUAAAAGAAAUUUGUCAACAUAGAAUAUGACCAUAUUUGGCAUAUGACUUUCCUAGAUUAGAUAUUCCUAGGCUAUGUCCUUUGUAGUCUUCGAGAGUCCUUCCACUGUUGUGAUACACACCUGAGAAGACUAUUAGAUGUCCUUUGACCAUUGAUAACUUGAAUUUGUAAUUACGCCAUAUUAUACUAGUCUUUACAGCCUAAUUAAAAUUAGUAAUUUGUGUGUGAAAUAUAAAACCUGUUUUCUACCAAAGUCAGAAGUAUAUCUGGAUAAUUAUACAUAUCACUGUAGGUAGCAUAACCAGGUGUUUCUGAAUUUAGCUUUCUGUCAUGAAAGGUUUCGAGGAGUAGGUAUUGAAAGUUUUCUUCUGUAGUAUUCUGAAUAUACUAACUUAAUAUUACCUUCAUUGUAAUUUGUUCUAUUGUGUCAAUACAGUGCAGAGCUUCUGCCAGCUAUGAUUUAUAUCACCAUAAUAAUUGAAAAUUCAUAAUCUUGUCAUCUGCAGUUCUGUAUGCUGUUAUACUCUACAAGGUGCAUUUUGCUUUUUGUUUAUUGCUUUUCAUUAAUACAUUUUUCUGUCACUAGCCUUUUAUUUGAACUCAAAUACAAAAUUUAUGCUAAUUCAUUUUAUUAGAUAUACUUCCAGUUGCUUGUUAGAAAACAGGUUCCUGGGUUUGAGAACAUUUUUGGUAUGCACAUCAAUUAGGCUCAAGUAUUUUCAAGUAGCCAAGAAUAAUGUAAUGGAACCACUUCACUCUGUACCCAAGAAUUCUGUUACUUUUUGUUAUAAUCUAUAUUUCAGACAAAUGAAAAAAUAAAUUAGUCAUGUGAGUAACAGUGGUGGGUAUAUAUAAUAUGGAGUAAGGUAAAUGGGCACCUAGAAUUGUCAGGUACUGUAUUGUACCAUAUCCACACUAUACAGUGUAUGUGCUUUGAAGAACCCACUGCUGCAGUUUGUCAUUAAAAGCACUUACCAUAUAUUACUUCCAUAAGCAUUUAAUAUAUAUUACUUCCUUUUGCUUCUUAACCUUUUGAGAAUCCAGUGAUGAAUCAAAUAACAUUACUGCAUUAUAGAAACUUUUGUAAACUGGAAUUAUUUGGUUGAUGUUAGGGGAUUGUUCAAUUUUAUCUGGCCAGAAUAGGAGAAGCGCACCACUUUAAAUAAUCAUGAAAAUUGUUAGUUUAUUUUCUGUACAUCACUGGAAAGGCUAUUAUGUCAGUUUUGUGUAGUGCAAAAAAAGGAGUUUUGUUACUAGCUGAUUUGUUAUGGUAAAGAAAUAUCUGUUUCCAGCCAAGUUGAAAUUAUUAUUCUAACUAUUUGUUGCUUUGGCCUUUGUAGAUACUACAGUAUGGUACAGGUGUUUGGCUUCAUACUGGUACAGCUGUUUGGCUUCAUAAUGACACCAACAUCAGUAUCCUAGCAUGAAAGUUGAGUUAACAGAAAUGUAGACCUUGAAGUAUCUGACUUACAUUUGAUCAUUGAUGGAGAUUUUAAAUACCCUGAGUGUGUCAAGUAUAUGGUGAGUACAUGCAUUUUGAGAGUUUUGUUUUUUUAGCUUGUGAUUCUGUCGCACAGAGGAUUGCUUACCUAUUGAUUAAGCAUAAAUUAAAAUUGAAGUUAGUUGGAAACCAUUUGUACAGUACGGUGCAUAAUCUCCAUCAUCUUUGGAUUAAUUGUUGUGUAUCUUAUUUGCAAAGUGGCUCAUUUUUAUAUUUAUCUUUUUAUAUCAUCAUUAGUGUUAAUUCUCUUUUUACCUACUGUAUUUAAAAUUGAUUAUUAAUAUUUAUUGAAUACUACAGAAUUUCAACUGUUUAUGAUUGGAUGUGUUUUUUUUAGUAGAUUAUAUGUUGGGAACAGAUGUUCGGAUUUCUCAUUCAGGGAAAAUUAUAACUUUUUGUAUGUUUUGAAGGUAAUUGGCCCAUUAUGUAACUGUUCUGCCUCAGAUAGAUUGGAAUAAUGUGUGAUAUUAUUAGCUGUGAUUUUGUUAUUACUCUGCAGACAAUAAGAGUUCUGUCAAUUCUGGAGGACCUUUAUUUUCCAGUGUUUAGACAUUUUUUUAGAGUUUUGAAUGAAAGGUCACAAUGAAUUGUAAUAUUGGCCUGCUGAUAUUUUGCUGAUUGUGUGUGUGAUUUUUUUCUUUGGCCAUAUUAGCUUUAUAUAUAUUUUGUCAAAAUUUAAUUGUAAGACCUCCAGGAUUUUUUAUUGGUACAGCAUUCAUUGUUUCACAUAACCUGUUCCAGAUGUUUUAUCAUACUCUACCAAAGUUGAAAUUACUAUCCGAGUUAAAAGCACUGCUUUUGUUUGCUGACUCGGAUAUGAAAAAUAUACCCCUCUGAAUUACGAAUAUGGUCAUUACUGUACCAUAUUUAGCAACUAUAAUUAAUUCAGUUGAGUAAAUAAUAGUUUAUUCACCCCAGAUAAAUUGUAUGUUGAAAAUGUUUUGAUGAAGCAGCUGUUGAAAAGUGAAUAUUACUCAUAUGUAGGACAAAAAGAGGAAUGCUGACUUCAUAAUCAUAAGGUACAGAGCAUGUUCUGUAUUUUAUUUUUUUUUCAUAUACUACUGCAUUGUAAUUCAGUUAAGUAUGGGCACUUAUGUGACAAUAUUAGAAACUGCAAAGUAACUCACUUUAAAUUUUGGCUAUUCCAUAAUAUUUUUUUAAUCGUGUAUAAGGUAGGAAAUGAAUAUUUCUACCUGUAUUAAGACUAUUAACUUCUUAUUUUUGUUUGUGAGUACUGAAGAAAAGUGCCUCUUGUAUGUGACAGAAGUAUGAUAUAAAGUAUUUCUUGUAGCUCAAGUCUAUAUUCAGUCUGAUAGUAAAAUUUUAAAGUUAUCA